CUUCCUCCCUGUCGGGGCCGGGGCCGGGGCCGGGGCCAGGAGGAGCCGUCGAGCCCCGCCUGCGGGGUGUCCCCGGCUGCCCCCCGGGCGCCCUCAGCAUGCAGGGCGCGAUCGCCAUCCCCGAGGAGGUCUGCAGCCUCCUGGCAGAUGUUGACACAUUUAUUUUCCAAACAUUAAAAGGAGAAAAUCUAUCCAAGAAAGCAAAAGAAAAAAGGGAAGUUCUUCUUCAGAAGAUAAAAGAUGUUAAGGCAAGUUAUCCUCAGGAGUUCCAGGAUACAGAACUGGAAGAUGAGGAAGAGUUUGAGGGCUCUUUUUCUUCACCUCCUGAUAGUGCCUCGAUAGCAUCCGACCGAUGUGAUAAAGACGAUGAAGCACCUUCUGAUGGGAAUCAGCUUCCUCCUAUUGCAGCUCAAGAUCUUCAGUUUGUUCUGAAGGCGGGAUACCUGGAAAAACGCAGAAAAGACCACAGUUUUCUCGGGUUUGAAUGGCAAAAGCGUUGGUGUGCUAUCAGUAAGACCAUCUUCUAUUAUUAUGGAAGUGACAAAGAUUUUCUAGGCUGCAGAUUGUUUGGGGAAGAUCCUGUAUGUAUAGGCAUGACUGGACUCCAAACAGUAGCUCAUGGAGGAAACAAACAACAGAAAGGUGAAUUUGCCUUAGAAGGCUACACCAUCAGAAUGAAUAAUGGCCUUCGGAAGGAUGCAAAGAAAGAUUGCUGUUUUGAAAUCUCCGCUCCUGAUAAGCGCAUUUAUCAGUUUACAGCUGCCACUCCAAAAGAAGCAGAGGAAUGGGUACAGCAAGUGCAAUUUGUAAUUCAAGAUAUGGGAUCCAAUACAAUUCCUGAGGAGGAAGAAGAAGAAUAUGAUGAUGUUGGACAAGCGAGCAGUGACUACAUAGAUGAAGAAAUUUAUGAAGAAAUUAAAGAAGAACGUGUUCCUUCAAAGACUGAAGUGCCAAAAAAACAGAGCCAGGAGGAAGUUACCAGUGUUUCAGAUAGCAAAAAUACCGACUAUGCCAAUUUCUAUCAAGGUUUGUGGGACUGCACAGGAGAUGAACCUGAUGAGUUGACCUUUAAACGUGGUGAUGUUAUCUACAUUCUCAGCAAGGAGUACAAUAGAUUUGGCUGGUGGGUAGGAGAAAUGAAGGGAACCAUUGGCUUGGUGCCUAAAGCCUACAUAAUGGAGAUGUAUGAUAUUUGAGAGGCCUGGGAGAAAUCUGCACUUAAAUCAAGAAUGGUGUGCAGCUGUAGUUCACAGACCUGGCCUCUGAAAGAAGAAGGUUCUGCUGUACACAUUUUGUGGUUUCAGCAAAUGUAGCUCAGAUCGUCGCCUUGCGUGUAUUAAACAUUAAAACCUGUAAUUGAUCAUAAUUCUGUGGAAAUGUUCUCUUAGCCACUUUUUAUGAAUUUGUAAUACCAGGAAAUGAAAUAGGUAGGAACUAACAUAUGGGGCACAAGCAGCCAAAUACUGCCUGUUGCUCUUUUCUUAAGCAUACUAGCAGCACUCUCUCUAGAUAUGAUUGUAUUCUUUCAGGAAAUUUGGCUAUCUUUUCCUGUUCCUCAGGUUUGAAAAAAAUGAAGCUGAACUUCAAAAGCAGAACACUGUUGCUCAGUUCAUGCAUGCAUUAACCUUUUAAUAGUCACUGUCCAUUUUGUGCAGUUUCCUAGGCAAAUAAAGGGAAAUUUAUAUAUAAUAUUGCAAGUCCUCAGGGUAUGCCAAAUUUUGUAUUAUGUUUUAGCCAAUGAUUUAUUUUCCUCAUAUAUUUAUUCUUAUUAAUUAAUAUUUUGUUACCAUUAAAUGAAGGCUUGGUUCUUUUGCUGAUGUAAUAAAUUGAUCUGUGUGGUAGUAUUGCCCUGAUACCAUUUUGACUGAAGAUAGGAAUUAUGUGAUAAUUUGUCUGAAGAUAAUAUAUUCAAAUAAUUUUUGUUGAGUCGACAUGAGCAAAAUGGUAGGAAAGAAUGAUUUUUGUAUGAAAUGUUUUAUCUGUGCCUUGCAGGUACUUUCACAGGGUAAAAUCUGAAUACCUUGUUGAUAUGUGGAAUUUCUGAUACCAGUUGUGCUGCAGACAUCUUCAGCUCUCCACAGGCUAAUAACAUCUACCUGCAACCUAAGCAUCAAUUUCAGAACUUUUUGGCUAAAAGCAUCAAUUGAAACAAAAAAGUGUACCUGGACGAGGGGUUGGGCAGGUUGGAGUUAACACUUUAAAUCCUCUUGUUGGAGAUGCACUUUACUAUAAGCAUGCAAGACCAACUUUUUUUUUUUUUUUUCCAAGACAACUUGAUUUGUGAGACCCCCUUAAUCUGCCAAAGAGGCAGGUCAAGCCAAUCUGUGGAUUGCUGAGACUCUGCAGGUCCCCUUGUAGUUGUUUCUGCUGUUUAUGCUUCAGGCAGGCCCUGGAAGCUCUGCGGGUUAAAAGGUAACAUUAGUCUAAAAUUGGAAUUAGAUCCCUUCAGUAAGCUAAGAUGCUGUGUUUUAUAUUAGCUCUAAUGUAUGAUGUUACACUGGAUUCUAAUAGGAGUCAAACAGGGUAGAGAGUUUUGCUGUAAUUUUUUAAAAAAGAGAUAGUUGUUGAAAUUGAUUCUGUAUGGUAUCAGCAGAGCAUUAAAAUGAUAGAUUAUGGUCUUCAGAUCUUCUACUACUUUAAUUUAUCAAGUGUGCUUGUGGAUUGUGUACAGAAUGUGAAGCGUUAAUAGCACGGCUAAAAAAGCUCCUUGUUAACAUGGCAGCGUAAGAAAUCCGCCCACCGAGAUGCCUUUUGCCUAAUGAUGUCAUUCCCUAUUCCACCGUCUCCUACUUUUUGGGAAGCAAAUUACCCUCUCCCCUCCCUCCUCCCCGUUUGAGGCGAGGUGCAAACUUGAUUUAGGACAGGUACCAGCGCCGAGUCGGCGCGCAGCGCAGCGUAACCCCGCGCUUCAUUGCGCUGCGCUGCACUGCGCGCCCGCGGCAGCAGGUGGCACCAAAUUUUCGCGGCUCGGGAGGAUGCUGAGCCCGUCCCUUUCCCCAUUCCGUGCUUCUAGCGUUUUUCCAGGAGAGGGAGUCCUUCCCCAAGCGAUGAGUAGCAGGGCUGCCCGAGCGUUUUCUUCUCCUGGGUCGUGGCGAGGAGAGGAGGAGGAAUAUCUUUUGUCUGUAGUUGCUCUUUUGGGCUUCCUCCUCCUCCUCUUGGUAUAUAUGAGGAGGAGGAAGUAAACUGCCCUGAAAUUCAAAACGUGGCAGGUGUCCUGAAACUCACUUGAAGUGUCUUGGAAUAAACCAGCAGUGGACCAUAGGAAAUUGUUUACUUUAAAUCUGUGCAAACACUGUAACCUUUUUUUGUACGGAAACCUCAGUUAAUGCAACUUAAACAAAGCUCAAUGCUGGAAUAUGUUAAUUGCUUUAUUUUCUUUAUUUACGUAGGUUGCACUUACUUUUCUGUGAAUUUCCACUGAUUUUUUAAAAAAGGUGGUUGUAAGUAAUUCUGGAGAGCGUUUUAAUUGAUUAUUUGAUCUGCUCUGGAUUUGUGCUAUACUGCCAUUAGAUCUUACAAUAAUGUUCUACUCUGCAAAUUUUUAAGGUUCAAAUAAAGUUUAAUUGUUUGCAAACUGU